AUGUGGUCAUCCUCUCACCAACGCAUCCUCUUCCUUAUUCUUUCGUUCCUUGUCAUCCUUUCCUCGACCUUGGUGGGUGCGCAAGACAAACCCUCCUGCUUGGAUUACAGCAAGGGUGCCUAUGCAGGCAAUGUGACCUCUCAACAAGAGUGCCGCACGGCCUGUGAGACUGCUGAAGGCUUGCCCGAACCAGAUUUUAAGACUUCGACCUGUGAUGAUGGUAGUGAUGUGAAUGGUACCAACUACAAGUGCGACUGCAAGCGGUGUGACUCGAGCAAUGCCAAUUGCGAACGCCGUCAACUUUGCAUCGAUGAAAUUUGCUCCAGUGGAACUUCGAAGGGUGUCAUGAUGGUCGGAUUGAUGGCAAUGGUGGUGGCCUACAUGAUGGCUUAG